GCCCGAACGAGCGCGCUGAGGAUCCGAAAACCUCACGAAGUAGCUGAGAUGCUCGGGUAUAUAAUGGACACAGUAUCGCUGCUUCCAGAUGGCUACAACAAUCGCCUGAAGCAUCUUUACUGCCAAUUCGACCUCUUUGCAAGCCCGCUGUAUACUGCAGUUUCGCCAACCUUUCAGCCUACACUUACGCAAACUUUCAAGCAUUCUUGAAGAAGCAGUACCAGAAGUCUUGGAUAGUCAUCACACUCGCAUUCCCAACAACACACUUUCAGCCUUCUGAUCAUACACAAAAUCCUUGCCGCGACCAUGACAGCCACAACUCCUAAGAUCGCCCUGAUCGGCGCCGGUCCAACAUCUCUCACUCUCGCCGCCAUUCUCCACCGCAACGCCAUCCCCUUCACCAUUUACGAAGCCGCGUCAACCCUGCGCCACCAAGGCGGCACCCUAGACCUGCACCCGCAGACUGGCCAGCAGGCCCUGCGCGAAGCCGGUCUAUGGGACGAGUUUGUAAAGCAUGCGAGGCCGGAAAGCGACUGCAUGAAGCUGGUUGAACUUGAGAGCGGUGAGGUGUUCUGGGAUGAGAAUGCGGGCGAUGGGCAGUCUGGAGAGGAGACGAAGAAGAGUCUAGAAGACUCGUUGAAGGGGCGCCCGGAGAUUGAUCGGGAGUGGCUGAUGAAGAUCACGUACGGAGCGCUUCCGGAGGAGAGCGUCAAGUGGGGUAAAAAGCUCAAGGAGGUCCUGCCAAACUCAAUGGACCCAAAGAAGCACGAUUUAUACUUCACAGAUGGAUCGAAAGAGGAGAGGGUCGAUCUCGUUGUGGGGGCCGACGGCGCGUGGUCGAAGGUUCGGAACCUUCUCACCGACGUGAAGCCGCACUACUCUGGCAUAUCAGCCGUCGAGCUUUGGCACCACGAUGUGCAGAGCGAGCCUUGGCUGUUGAAUUACGUGGGUGCAGGCUCGUGCUUCGCCUUUGCGGAAGGAAGCGCAAUUUUGUCGCAGCGACAAGGUGACGGAAGCUUGCGCACCUACGCGUGUCUCCGCGUGCCUGAAACCUUUUUCGAUGAUUGUGGGAUCGAUUGGGACAGCGAAGACACCGCACGCACGCAGUUCAUCGAUCGCUACUUCAGCCAUGUGUCUCCGGAUCUGCAGCGCGUACUCGCGUUAUCAAAAGACAGGCUGACGCCCCGCGCUCUGUAUGAGCUACCGAUUGGGUUCUCAUACCCUCAUCGUCCAGGAAUCACUCUGAUUGGCGAUGCUGCACAUCUCAUGACGCCGUUCGCUGGCGUGGGUGUGAACGUUGGGAUGACCGAUGCCCUCGUGCUGGCCAAGGAGAUUCUCGCUAGCUGCAGAGGAGAACAGAGUGUGGACAGGGCGGUUGGUGCAUAUGAGAAGGAACUAUGGCCACGAGCGAGGAAGUACAUGGAGAAGACGGCGAAGGGAAAAGAGAGACACUUCCGCGCGGGUGGGUCGAAAGAGAUGGCGGACAUGUUAAGAGCGUUCCAUGCCGGGCAGAAGCCGGAAUAGGGCUCUUAUGGCGAGCUUCAGGGUUAAAGCUUCAGGGUUACUCAUUGGGCGACAAGUUCUCAGAAACUAGAUUGAAUAUUAGCUCGUAGAUUUCCAAGAUUUGCUAAAGCCCGUAACUCCAUCGAGAG